UGAAACCUUGUCUAUCUCAAACUCUAAACAUCCAUCAUCCACGCCAAAAGUUCGUCCAUCGCUGUCGACAGCCCCAAUAAACAUGGACUCAUCAAAAGCACCCGUCAAACUCGCUAAGGUUAUCAAGGUUCUCGGACGCACCGGCUCCCGUGGUGGAGUCACGCAAGUCCGUGUCGAGUUUAUGGAUGACACUACGCGAACAAUUAUCCGCAACGUCAAGGGUCCUGUGCGGGAGGAGGAUAUCCUUGCACUCCUGGAGAGCGAGCGUGAAGCUCGCCGCUUGCGCUAAAUUCCCAUGUUAUUCUUGCGAUGUGUUCUUAGUUCUCUAUCAUUGCGCAUGUACACGAAUCCCUUUGCAUGAGUUAUGCCGAACCCUCCUCCAGUCCUUGUGAGGUCACCCAUCCGAUUACACCGCAUUUCAAGUUUUAGUGACAAGGUAAUUGGAUAUAUACCCGAAAACUCCUUUUCGCCUAGUGCAGAUUGAUAUAGAAUGCGCUAUCAGAAUGUUGUAAUUAAGUAGGACCGCAACAUCCGACUGUCCGAUUUUUCGGUAGUAUUUGUAUAUCGAUCGAUUCACUGCCGUGUUAUCUUGGCUGGG